GCGCCGCUCGCGCAGGAAGGCAGGGGGGGGGGGGGGAAAACGGGCUCAUUAAAAUCUCGUCUGCAGACCUCCGCCGGUCGCGCGCAUUACUACUCCCGGUGCUGGUGCUGACGGACCCCAAGCGCAGAGAAGCGCGCGCAAAGGUGUGGAGGAGAGGGCACCCGCUCGGGACAAUGGAACCGAACCCGAGCCGUUAAACGGUUCAGAGAUCCACAACGGCGGCGCGGGAGACGAACGUUGGAGAGGAUAAAGGCGACAUGGCGAAAACGGGCGAGAUCUGAACUUUGGAGGAUCCGCCGUUUGGAUUCGAUCGACAGCCGAGUAUCUGACUGGUGAAGCUGCUCUCCGCCGCCAAGGAAGGGAUCUGAUCAGAGUUUACAUCGGUGCGUCCGUGCGUUUGUUUGAGGAAUACAGCAUAGGCUAUGGCGCGCGGUGACGGUCGGCUGGGAAUCUGGCAGGUGCUACUGACCAUCUCAGUGGUCAUCAUCUCCGCUCACGGGAGGCACUCACUGGCCACAGCCAGCAGGCGACAUCAUCAUCGCAACCAAUCAUCCAUCAACAACAAGGAGGGUUUUAACACCAGGAUGGUGCUCAGUGACGACUCCGCAGAGAGAGACCACCUGAUUGGAGCAGGCCUCGGGCUCGGGGCGGGACUUCCUCUCAGCACCGUCAAACGUCACCACUCUCAUAAACACACCCACCUGGACUUUGCAGAUGAGGACCAAUCAGUGGGGGAGGAGCUUACUGCUGGAGGCGCAGGUCCAGAUCACCCCGGCAACCCGUUAUCUGAUGACGUCAUCACCGUGGAGUUCCAUAGUCCCGCACCAGAAACGGUGCCCGCCGAUGUCGCAAUGGAUUGGCCCAAGGCACCGGAGCCCCUGCAGCAGAAGGGGGGAAGCCCCACGGCAUGGACGCUCUCUGACUUCUACGAGUACCUGUCACCUGACGACGAUCUCUCAGCGUUGGAUACGACCCCUGACCCUGAGCCCUCCCCCUCACCCCCAGCCGACAUGGAGGAUGAGAACCCGCUACUGCUCGGUUCCCCCGCCAUCUCAGACAACGUGAAGCCUAACUUCGAUAGCGGACCCUCCUUACCUGCUCCGCCCAUGCCAGGGCAGGGCAGGGGUCGGGAGUUAGGCUUAGGCGGGGCUUUGGGGCCUGAUGGCUGCAGGCUGGGCUUUGUGCGCUCUGGGCCGGGGACUUGUGUGUCCCAGUGUGAUGUGGAUCCCAACUUCUGCUUUAAUGGAGGGGUGUGUACUGUGGUUGCGGGAAUGGGAGCUUUCUGCAGGUGCAAUGUGCAGGACUACAUCUGGAACAAAGGCACACGCUGUGAUUGGGUGGUCACCGAGUUCCAGGUGAUGUGCGUGGUGGUGGGCGUGGCCUCGGUGGUGCUCCUCCUCCUCUUCAUGAUCAUUGUCUUCUUCGCCAAGCGGCUGCACCGCCUGAAGAACGAGAACAAGCGUCUGCGCAAACGCAGUAAGUACCGCCCACAGAGCACUGAGCCACAGACAGACGGCAUGUCGCUCUCCACGACGGCGGACGGCUCGCAGCCAAAUGUAAGGAAACUGUGUGACACCCCCCCGCCCCCUCCCCAAGCUCACGCUCACAACCUGGCGUACUAUGACAACAUUAUCUGUCAGGAUGAGCCUCAGAAGCAGGAGGACCCAGUGAAGUCCUCGCCUCCUAAGGAGGAGGAGUCUAUGAACAUUCGCAACUCUCAUUCGCCCAAACAGGAGAACAACCGCCCAACCUCUGUUGACCUUGACCAUGGCCUCACCCCCAACAACACAGAGGAAAACACCGAGGAUGGAGUCACUAUUGGCCUGGAGCUGCUUCUACCCAAAGAGGCCAAGCUCCAUUCAGAGACCAGCCCACCCCUUCAAUAUGACGUCUUCCUCUACAAGCUCGCCAACAAUGGAGACUCCACCUCCCACAGCCAAGCCCCUCACACUCACACCUCCAACUCGUACUCUUCUUCCCAUCCCAUACCCAAAUCACCCAAAUCACCCAAGUCACCCAAGUUGCCUAAGUCACCUAAAUCGCCUAAGACAUCCAAGGUGCCCAAGUCACCUAAAUCGCCCAAGAUAUCCAAAGUGCCCAAAUCACCCAAACACGUCCGGGAACACCAACCCAGUAGCCGUAAACCUUUGUCUGGGAGACACUCCUCGCCUUGCCGUGACCCCUCGCCCGUUCAUCACCCGCAACCCAGUCGUCAUUCUGCGCCUGGUUCCUACUCUUCCUCCAACUGCCACCCUGCUUCCCACCAGUCCGCCUCCCAGUACCAAUAUCAGCCCACCUUUUCGACCACCACACCACCUCAGCUGCGCAGGCCCAGGGGUCGGUCUCAGGCUCCGGGGGUGGGGAGGGAGUCCCAGGGCGGACAUAUCCAUCCCUCCCCCUCCUCCCCUCACCUCACCCAGCCGCCUCCAUCGCCCUCCAGCGUGAAGUGCAGCCCAGUCAGCACCCGAUCCCUGCCACCACUCUCCUAAUGCAGCACCCAGGCUGCCAUCUAGCCCAGUGUCCAUACAUGCAAACACACAUACAUCUGUCCAACUAUGUAUCCAUUAUGGCUGUAAUGCUUUUGUCAGUCAUUUAUAGAUUAUCCAGCCAGCCAUAAACCUACAUCUGUCAGGGUAAUUUCCCAUCCAUCAAUUAUUUAUUACUCAUUGAUCUGUCAUUCACUUAUACAUUGAUUUGUCCACCUAUCCAUCAUCCAACUAUACAGCCAUCCAUUCGUCUAUCAUUUGUUCCAAACUGCAUCCCUACGUCUCUGCCGGAGGAUAUGCACAACAUCUGGUCUUUGCCCACGGAACCACAAAACUGCAACUGUAUGGGACAACCACCAAGGACAAUCUGCACCACAAUCAUAAUUACACAAACCUGGAUGCCGCAAAAAUACAUGCACAAAAUCCCUGUCUAGUCAUUAAUGCAGCACAUGCAUUCCUUUGUGUCAUUAGUAACUGCUCAAAGCUCAGGUGACUGCUUGCAUAAGCACAAAAUCAAACACAUGGAAACACACUCGCCUAGCUCAGUGCCAUUGUCAGUAACUGCUGAGGAUGUUAUUCAUAAAGGUAUCAUAGACGUUUCAUACUAUAGGCUUAGAUUUAUCAAUGGUUUAUAAGUCUUUUGCUAUUCAAUAUGUGUACUAUACAAUUAAUUCAUAUUUUCACAGCCUUACUGGUAUGUUUUUCAUG